AUGACUGAAAGGCCACUUUCAAUCAACACGCAAGCAGCGACUCUCCAUUCAACAUUUUAUUCGCCACAAUUAAAUGAUACCCCUCUGCUUACUGAAUCCGCAGAUGACGAACCAUACACUAUUAAAUGCAUAUGCGACUAUUCCGAUGAUGAUGGAAACACAAUAUACUGUGAGAAAUGUGACACAUGGCAACACAUUGAAUGCUUCUACCCUGGAAGAGUUGACGAUGCAUCGAGGGAGGAGUUUGAUCAUUCCUGUGCAGAUUGUAAGCCGCGGUCUUUAGAUAGGCGACACGCUACUGAAAGACAACGUCUACAGAGACAGAACAAGCUAGGAAAUGAUGCAAUAGACAAAAAAAUCAAACGUCCGCCUUCCAAAAGUCAUAAAAAAAAACCAAAAAUAUCCGAAAUCCAGUCAACCAAUUUUCAGGACCAUGAUCCUCAUCGAAACAGCAUAGAACAUCAAUCAUCUACAAAAAAGUCAAAGGUUUAUCGCUCAUCGCAGCAAGUUGUAAUACAAAAUAAAAGAAGUCCGUCAUUCACCUCUCGGCAGGAAACUAGUUCUCGUCCUUUAAGCCCAGCGCACACCUUACCAGAUUUACCAACAAACUUCCAAUUACAUGGAUACUCUGAAAAUUUUCAGACCCUCUAUCAACAAGGCCAUGUCCAGCUAACUUGUACUAAUUCUUUCGCUAGCCUAUCCGUUAGUAAUUCCAUGAGCGAAUGGCUCCGAGAUCCUAACAGACUUUACCAAGACGCAGGAGUCAGGGAUAAGGAAGACGUAUUUCUUCAUCUCAAAGUUAGUGUUGAUACACUCAAGUGGCCUGAAUUGCGGGUUGAAAAGAAGGAAGACAUAUAUCAGGAUACAAUUCUCCAGUGGCAGUAUCUAAUAACACCAGUACAUCUUCCUCAGCCGGGUCGGAUUGUCGAACUCAACGGACUAGUCGGGUUUCAAAAAGACUAUUGUAGCGACGUGGAAAAUCGCUGGACGGACUCGGCUCAUCCCCGUCCUUUCGUCUUCUUUCACCCUCGAUUACCGUUAUUCAUCGAUACGAGAAGAGAAGGUUCGAUUGGAAGACAUGUUCGACGUAGCUGCCGCUCAAACACAAAUCUUGAGACUUUUAUUGCAAGUGGAACUGAGUACCAUUUCUGGCUUACUAGCGAAAGAUCACUUUCUGCAAAUGAACAAAUAACUAUCUCAUGGGAUUUCCGCUUCCCUCCCAUUUGCAGGUCGCGAUUUCUGCACCUUCUAAAUCUUGGAGACGAGGACGGCGCGCCUUCUGAUGGCUCUGAUAUUACGCAGGAAGAAUAUGAGCAACUCACUCAAACUAUACAGCUUGUACUAUCAGAUCAUGGGGGUUGUGCGUGCGAUCUAGGAAGUGACUGUGCGUUCGCUCGCUUUCAUAGAAAUUACCAACAGAAAACAUUAAUUCAGGCCCAUGGAGUUAAGUCGAAAAAGCCUCGAAGGACAAAACAGUCUUACAUAGUCGUAAACGGAACAGAUAACUCGUCUUGUAGCCGGGCAACAAGCGAAGUUCGUCAGGAACAAAAUGAUGAAGAAGAUAGCCGCUCACUACCUGGGUCGGCUCGAGGCAAGUUCCAUAGCCGAGAUCCAUCUUCUGUCGUUUGCAAUAAUGACACAAACUUCGUGUUAACUGAACCUUCAGACCGAGAAAAGAGAAAACUAGCCAUGUUAGAGGACUCGUUUCGAAAGAUGGAGCAAGGUCAGCCACCGCGAAAGAAGAAAAGAGCCUCGGACGGCACCAACUCAAGCCCAUCAGUAAAUUCAACACCUGCCCAGGCACUUCCCAGAGUAAGACAACGUUCAAACGUAACGUCAUGGCCUCCCAACGCGCAGUCGAAUUCUUCGAAUCAGAACUCGUCUCGAUCGCGUAGUGGAGAAGCUAAUCCACGACGACACAUAAAAUCACCGUCCGAUACGUUAUCUCUAACUGGUGAAAUGCCUCCACCAUCCAGUAAGUCACUAGUAUCAGAUUUUGAAAAAAAUCAGACGACUCAGCUACCGACCGUAAAAAACUUAUACCAAGACUCUUCAACUCAGACUGAUGAGUUCAAAGAAUUUUGGUGGAGCCGACUCAACCCGCUUAAAAGACGAUCGAUUAUCCCCCUUUCGAAAAGACUACUCCGUAAUAGAUGCCGUAUGGAAGCAAACAACAGUCACAGCGAUUAUUUUUCCCGAGCUUUUUCUGGCGAAAUACCCUUAGCAUCUCCUAUGUCACCAAACCUACCUAUUGAUAAAUAUAAACAACUACUAGACGAUCACAUCAACUCGGAUUUUACGGAAAAGCAAGAUAAAUUAUACAAUUCACUCAACGGCCUGUCUACUAAAUGCAACGUUAAAUCCUUAGAUAGCACCAAUACCACCAGCGAAUUACUCAUGCCUGCAUCUAAUCCACAGAAUAAUAUAGUAGAAGCUUCUAUAACCCUAUGCCCCCAACUCUCAAUAAAUCCUAACUUUAAUAUUUCGGAUAACUAUAGUAUAUCCUACAACACAACGCUAUCCGAAAACUUAGGCGCCUCUAUAAUACCCCCGACACUCCAUAACAAUAGUAUUCAACAGCUAAGCCCCAUUAAAAUGACGAAGAAGCUCAGCCUCAGUGAUUACAAGGCUGCAAGGCUCAAGAAAACAGACUCUUCCGCUGCAUCAACUACGAAACAAUCUCAAGGGAACAAUAGCCCGACAAUAAAAAUUUCAUCCCUCAAGCCUUCUUUGUUAGCUCGUCACGAGGUUAAGUCACCUGUUAUGCUUGAGAAUAACAGAAAGGAAGAUUCUCCUACCUCAGAUCAAUGA